CAAACAAACCACAAAACAUAUCAAAAUGAAAUUCGUUAUCGUUUUUGUUGCUCUCUUCGCUUUGGCUUUUGCUGCCCCACCUGCCCCUGCAGUGGAGAUCCUAGAAUUGAAAUCUGAUGUUGAACCAGAGCAAUACAGUUUCGCCCUGAAGACCAGCGAUGGCACAGUAAAGUCAGAAGAUGGUCAUUUGGUUAACGCUGGUGCUGAGGAUGAACACAUUGUUGCCCGUGGCUCUUACUCCUUCGUUGCUGAUGAUGGUCAGACCUACACUGUAAACUACAUCGCUGAUGAGAACGGUUUCCAACCACAAGGUGCUCAUUUGCCAGUCGCCCCUGUGGCCUAA